AUGGUCGAUACAUCGCCGAAUACCACUGGACUAAAUACUGCAGAACACGACGGGUAUCCCAAUGAAGGAUUUGAGAACGAUACAAUAGACGGUGACUCGCAUGAUGACAACUCUGAUAGUGAUGCAAAAGAACGUAGUUCUAAACGGUUUGAGGAAUUAAGCGAGAGAGGUGCAGGAAAAGGGAAUGGCUAUUCAGAUAAACAAAGUAUGUCAGGGUCGUCUGCAUGGAGAUUUAUAGAUUCAAGACAACCAUCGACGGAAGAAAACUGCGGAGUUCAGACCGACCGCUGCAUCGAUUGGCUGGUGGUCUUGGCGUCCUUCUUUAUUCACUUUAUUGUGGGCGGGAUUUUAUAUACUUUCGGUGUGCUUUACAUCACCCUGCUAAAUGAAUUUGAAGAAACCAAGUCAGAAACGUCUUGGGUUGGCUCCAUUCAAGUAGCUAUGACCUGGGGCAUGGGCAUUGUCUCCGUUCAGGGUCAUUUUGAGAAGAGGAAAAGUUUAGCCAUGGGAGUUGCAGUGUGCGGAUCAGGCGUUGGGACAUUUGCUAUGGCACCUUGUAUAGAAUUUCUGAUUAAAACCAUUUCUUGGAGAUACACUUGUCUUGUACUGGCAGGGUUGUCUCUUUCAGGAGUUGGCAUCAGUAUUUUGCUUUUUCCAUCGGAAUUAAAAAUCAAUGAGGGAAGUAAGACAGAGCCAACCUUAUCAUGCUCUAACAAAACGAGAAAGUGUUUCAAAAACAUGUUCCACAUCUCCCUGUUACGAAGAGCUGAUGUUGUGGUGUGGCUAGUGUGUCAUUUAAUAAUCCAAGUAGGGCUCGUUGUGCCUCACACGUACAUACCAGAUAUAGCUGUAGGUAUGGGGAUAGAAGUAAAUAACGCGGCGUUCUUGGUCUCCAUCGUAGGCAUUACUAGCACGGUGAGUCGAGUCGUGAUGGGUGUAAUUGCAGACUUUCGGUGUGUUAACAGGCGAUAUAUGCUUGGGACCAAUGUUAUGAUUGCAGGGGUCAUGGUUGCCAUACUGCCGUUUAUGAAGGAGUACGGCGUGAUUGCAACAGUGUGCACGUUUUACGGGUUAUCAUUUGGCAUCAUUAUCUCCCUGACCGCUGUUGUUCUGAGAGAUCUAGUAGGCAUCGAGGAACUUGGACCUUCAUUUGGACUUACCAUGUUAGCCAAAGGUUUGGGUUCCCUCUUGUUAUCUGCUGGAGGCAGUUUGUAUGAUUUAUUCGGCUCCUAUGAUGUCACCUUUUAUAUUACCGGCUCUCUAUUAUUCGUUGCCGGUGGAAUUCUUUUGUUGUUGCCAUGGAUACGUGAGCUCCAGGGGCGAUGUUGUUACCAUGGCAGCGCAAAUAUCACCACAGAAACUGGGCCUUGA